UCCCUGGAAGCAGCCAAACUGUCAGUGACUGUUGCGAACACAUGCUUGCUCUCGGCUCGGCUCUUUUGCUGCCAAGGAAGGAAGAGGAGGAGGAAGAAGAGGAGGAGGAGGAGAAGAAGUGAGGCUGGAAGGGACAGACAGAUAGAGGAGAGAACGAGAGAGACUUGGGCCAACCUCUGACUGCUUCACUUUGUCUGGCUGAGUGUGUGAGAGACCAGAGGCAGAAGACCAGUGAUGCCAUAGCAUCCAGGAAAUAGCUAGGAUCAUCUCCAGCUCUUUUUCUUUUGACUUUUUUCUUCUUUAGUUUUUAAUGAUGAGGAGAGACAGAAUCUUCUUAGUCACUACCCUCACUGCAAUCUUCUCUGCUGACCUCUACUUCAUCUUGCUGCCAAAGCUGAGGAUUAUUAGGCAGCAAUCAGGACAUCUCUGCUCAUGUGGUCACAAGAACUUUACCCUCCCUAGGCAUGGGGGUCUGGCCUCCCCACAGCUCUCAAACUGGACUUCUGCACCGCCCCUGGAUAUCAUCACGUCUGAACCUGAUGAUGGCAUCUCAAAGCUGGAGAGGCUGUUUUCCCACCCUUUGUACAACAUCCAGACUCCUCUGCUGGGACCAGAGGAGAGGCUGCUGCAGGCAGAGCAUCUCAUGGAGUACUACAGGAGGAAAGUGUCACGCUGGGAAAGACAUAUGAAGAUCUACAGCGGGGCAGCAGCCUUGUCCAACAUCACGGUGAUUGAGCACGAGGUGACCUUUGACCCCGAUGCCAGCUGGGUGAAGUUCCAUCUGGGAAUCAACCGUUACGCUCUGUAUUCACGUGACGACCCGGCCAUCCCGAAGCUCCUCAAGGAGUCGCAGAGCAUGACGGUCGUCAGUGCAGAUUACACUCAAGAUGAGAAGGCCCUGAAGGGAGCAUGCGAUUGCACCCAAGUUGUGAAGCCCAGUGGACAUCACCUGAAACUGGCUCUGAAGAUGCAAAACUUUGCUAAAGUCAUGUUCAAACCAAUGAGGCAGCAGAGGGAUGAGGAGACGCCAGAGGACUUCUUCUACUUCGUUGAUUUCCAGAGACACAAUGCAGAGAUCGCUGCCUUCCACCUGGACAGGAUCCUGGACUUCAGGAGGGUCCCUCCUGUGUCGGGCAGGCUGGUGAACGUCACAGGAGAAGUGCUCCAAGUCACCCACAAUGAAGACCUCCGAGGGGUCUUCUUCACCUCACCUGCCAACAACACCUGUUUCUUUGCAAAGUGCCUGUAUGUGUGUAAGACGGAGUACGCUGUGUGUGGAAACCCUGACCUGCUGGAGGGCUCUCUGUCUGCCUAUCUACCUGGCCUCAGCAUUGCUCCUCGCAUCUCCAUCCCCAACCCCUGGAUCCGUUCCUACACCUUCAGUGGACGAGAGGAGUGGGAGGUGAAUCCGUUCUUCUGUGACACCAUAAAGCAGAUGUAUCCGUAUAACUCAGGGAACAGGCUGCUCAACAUCAUAGACAUGUCCAUCUUUGACUUCCUUAUAGGAAACAUGGACAGACACCACUAUGAAAUUUUCACCAAAUUUGGUGAUGAAGGAUUUCUUCUUCACUUGGACAAUGCCAGAGGGUUUGGGAAACCCUCUCAUGAUGAGAUGUCCAUUCUGACUCCUCUGUCUCAGUGCUGCAUGAUAAAACGCUCCACUUUAGUGCGUCUCCAGCUCCUGUCUCGACAGGACUACAGGCUCAGCGACGUGAUGAGGGAAUCCCUGCAGGGAGACCUCUUACAUCCCAUCCUGACAGAGACCCACCUCUUAGCCCUGGACCGCAGGUUACACAAAGUCCUCCGGGUGGUUCAGCGCUGUGUGCGGCGGCUGGGUGAGGACGAGGUGAUCACGAGGGACUUUGUGAAAUCUACAUCGAGGCCUCAGACGGUCACAGAGAUGAGAGAGGUCAGGUAACAGAGGAUGAAGAGUCGCUGCUCCUCCUCGUCGUAGCUGCUCUGUAGAACACGAAGACUUCAAGGUGAAGCUCAGAUGGUUUUGAUUUAAGGAACAAGCCAUAAAUGGAAGACGCUGUGAAAUGUUCAGAGGGGAGAAGGAAAGAAUCUCUUUGUGAAAGGUUCAGAGAGCGAAUCAUUGCAGGCUUUGAAUUCCUUGCACAGAGGGAGACAUAGUUUUAUUUCCUUCAGUUUCUCUCAUCAACAUAAAAUCCCCUGAGGGUGCAUUUUAUGGCACUACAUGUGCACCUGCAACAUCAGGCUGGUUCAUGAAAGAUUAAUCUAUAUUAAUACCUUUUAAGGAGCAGUUCGAGACUUGUAAUGAGAGAAAUUAACAAAGACAUCAGCUGAAGAAGUAGAGAUAGUCUUGAAAGUCAGAAGAGCUGUGAUGCACUGGAUCAGAUUAUGAAAUAAAUGUUGGUGAUUCUUUUAAGAUUCUUACGUCUAUUUAUAUUGAAUUAAUAAAUAAAGACUUUAAGCAAUGA